UCACAGUUGGCACCCAGGGUCCGUGAUGCUUUGGGGGCAGACAGAGAGGGGGGCAGAGCCAGACGAGGCGACUGGCUGACUUGGACGAAGAGCAACAGAAAGGAAGAAAGAAGGACGUAGCGAUGAAAGCGCGGACAUGAAAAGAACAUGAAAAAAGGAAGUCGUCACUAAACACACGACCACUUAUUGCUCUCUUCAGCUCUCGUCCUCAUUCAAUUCCUCUCUUCAAUUUCAUCUUAAAUCAACUCCAGUUCCUCCACCCCGAGGGGCCGCUCAGCUUUUCUCCUUUCUUCCUUGGCACGCACAAAAAGAAGAAGAGGUUCCAUUCAUCCUGGUGGACACACCAGGUAGUCCCUCUUGUGUCUCUCUGCCACGCCGCCGCCCUUCAGAGCCAUCAUGACGCUGCUGGCCUCCGAGAGGUCACUCCUCAUCAGGAACAAGUUCCGCUCAGUGCUGCAGUUGAGGAUCCAGAACCGAAGGCAGAGCGAGAUCAAUGCAGACUCGGGCGUGAAAUCAGUCAGCCCACCUAAAAAUGAACCAAAAAACAAGAGUGAAGCUCUGCGUCGAACUGACAACAGCGCCGGUAGACAUCAGAAGACGCCCCCUGGUGGAGUCACUGCUGGAACUGUGCAAGAGAAGAGCGAGUGCGGGGCCUCGAGGCAGAAGAAGGCUCGUCGGGACCUCAGAGAGGGGAUCCAAGAUCCACCUGCGCCCGGGGAACCUAAAGACAAACCACACCUUAACAACUGCGCCGCCUCUUUCCCGCUGCCCGCAGAUGUCUUUGAAGAUGAUGUCUCCUCCCGCUCCUCGUCCUCCUCUUCGCCGGACGAGCGACGUGUCGCCCCCCUACCGGUGGCCUCGGCCUUCCCUUCGCCAUCGGGGUUCUCGGAUGACCAAUUGCUGAGUGGCUUGUCAUCGGUGGGCCCGCCCCUCAAUCGAAGUCCGCUUCACGUUCAGUCCGGUUUGGCGUUGCUCCCGGCAACCGAGGGCAUCCAAGCGUCAACCGGCGUGGCACUGUGUGAAAGCAACUCCAUGGCAACCACCAGUCGACCAAACGGGAUCUUUCUGAUCUCCCAGACCACGCCCCUGCUGCCAAAGACAGCUCGGCCCCCCAGUCCUGCCUGUUUCUCUUCCCCGACGCCCGCCUUCAACCUCACCCACCUGGCACGUUCACGGAAACCGCGGGACACCAAGCCCAAGAUGAAGAAACUCAAGUAUCACCAGUACAUUCCUCCAGACCAAAGAGGGGCGUCAGGUAGCGGAGAAGGAGGAGCCAAACAGAAGAGCCCUCCAAGCCAGCCGUUAGAUGCUGCCAGUUCUCAUCUCCUCAGGCAGCAACAAGUCUUUCUGCAGCUGCAGAACCUUCAGCAAGAGCAGCAACAACAACUUACCGUGGUGCCUAGAGAACAGAAUUCAUCUGGAACUCCGCCCCUGAACCCUCAACCCGUUCCCACCGCCGCCACCAACCACAUGCCACAGGACACCAACAAUGAAUCCAAACUUGAGCUCCUCCCUGCAAAUCUCGUUGAUCUCAAAGUGUCAGAGUUGAGGCAACAGCUGCGUAAGCGAGGCCUCCCCGUCUCCGGCACCAAGCCAGCCCUGCUGCAGCGCCUUCGCCCCUUCCAGCUCCCCCCUUCGUGCAUCACUCCUGCGCCUAUCUGUCAACUAGGGGGCAGCAUGGAGACCCUGACUCCCUCGCACCCGCUUCUGGCCCACCAUAGCCCCAGCUCAAGCUGCAGCUCCGGAGACUCGCCCGGAAGCAGCCCGAACCAACAGACUUAUAUGACGGAUCACGGAGUCCCCAACGGCAUUCUCAAUGUAGUCCCAAAUGGCCUCACCAACGCUCUCUCCAUCAGUCUGUCUGGUGAACAGUGUGGUCCUAUCAAUGCUGUCUUCUUCGCUCCUGCCCGUACCGCCCCCGAAACGCCAAGUCCCACUUUACCCAUGUCGUCCUCGUCGCCGCUGCAGUGCGGUACCAAUUGGAGGACUGAGUCGGCUGUGGAGUUGGACAGGAAAGAGAAGAUCAAGUGCAGGGCAAGAGAAGCCUCUCCCAACACAGUCCAUGAAUCUUGUGCAAGAUCCCUUCAUCCAUUCCUGCAACAGGAACCAGGAUGCAGAAGAACCAACCGGGAAACAGACACACAAACUGAGGUAUUCUGCUCCCAGCCUUGGCCCAGCGAUACGAUUGGCCGAGACUUUGAGCUGCCAGUGCAGAUCACAGCAAGUCCGGUCCGAAACUCGCCAGGCAUUCGUAGCUUGGAGGAGGAACUGCAGGAGGCUAUUCAGAAAGCACAGAUGGACCCUCGACAGUCGAUAGAUGACAUUUUGGAUGAGCCCAUUGCUUCAGUUGACUCUGUCAAUAGCUCUGAUGACAAAUCUCCGAUCACGUCAUCCCCUGCUCCGCAAGUGGAUCGGUCCCAAAAAUCCCAGCAGGAUAGCACCUUCCUGCCUCUCUGCUCCUCACUUCUCCUAGAGCUCCCUCCGUCUCCCGCCGUGAUCCCCUCGAGUCACGUCGCCCCGGCGCCGGCGCCACCGCCCAUUUGCACCUCGCCUCCGUUGCAUUCUGCCAGAAAGUCUCGUAAGCGUCGAGCUCAGGGUAUGUUCGGCGCCGCCGACAUCCUCGAGACCUUGACGUCCGGCAUGCGACUGCUCACCCCGCCGCCGCCUCCCUUCGCGGAGACCGACUUCGGUCUGGAUUCGGAUCUCAACAUCAAUCGAGUGUUGGAUCUGAUGAUAGAGCAGUGGUGAGGAAGUUUCUGGAUUGUGCAGAUAUUGUCUUCCCUCUUUCAACUUUUCUCACUUCCAAAUCCCUUUCUUUCCUGACUGUCCUGCCUACUACCAAGUACCAAACAAUCCAUCCUUCUUCCCUCACUGUCUACCUUCGCUCACAUUUCUUAGAGCCCUUCCUUGCUUCCUUCCUGAAUCAUGCACAGUCCCUUCCUUCCCAUCUUUCCUCUAAUUGGUAAUAUGCAACAUGCGUCAUUCCUUCCUUCGUUCCUAUUUUCUUUUCUUCCUUCUUUCCGUCGACCAUGCUUCCUCCUUUCUCUUUGCCGGAUGGAAAGGAAUCCAUCCAUCAAUGCUGUCAAAAUCAUUGACUCCACGCAAUGUCGAGAGUUUGAUUCAUUGCAGUAUUGAACUCAAAAAGCUUUGAUAGGAAGAAGACACGCACACACACAUGCACGCAUAAACAGUGAAGGUUGUUUUAAAAGCACUUGGACUCAACGGGUGGAUUGACACCCUAUUGCACCAUGUUUGCAGAGUCCUCCUCCCCAUCCUGCCCCUGGCACACUAACACAAACAUGCCUCCAACAUGGCAGCACUGGGACAACGUUGCUGUCUGACAUACCCCCCCGCCCCCAAAAAACUGCCAUGGGCCCUGUUCUGGCUGCUCUCAACUUAGUCAUUCAUAAAGCCCGCUCGGGGGCGUGUAAAAACCAGACAGGGCACACGCAGCUUGAGCGUGGCACCAGAUCUUCAUCUGCAUGCCAGACGCACAGUCGGCAUGCAAAAGGAGAGAAAGAGCUGGCAAAAGCUACAUAACGAGUGAUCACGCCCCCAACGGGGCAAACGCAAAUACACUUGUCCUUAUUAGCUUGCUUACAACGAGCGUGUGCUAUGAAGGUAUUAAAAAAAAAAAAAAAAAAAGAGGGGUUCAGUUUGGGAUCCGCUACAGAAUUGCACGCAAAGGCGACGCAGUGCUACGUGAUUAAUUUCCGCUGAUUGUCCAGCUUCUGACAGAGACGAUGAACAAUGCAGUAGCAUUUGCGUCGGUGCUUAUGACAAUCAUAGCCAUCGACGAGCAUUUCUUGCUGCAUGUAUAAAAAGGAAAAUAUAUAAAUAAAUAGAAACUGGCAGGAGAGUAAGAUGCUACCUCCUGUGACCUCCAGCAACUUCCCCCCUGCCCCUCCCCUCGUCCUUCACGGUCUCGUUCCAUGUUGUUUGACCAGCAUAAUUCUAACCCUAAUGAUGCGUUUCCUAUUUGCCAGCUUACACGUUUGAUAUGUGUUCACUUCAAGCUGGACAAACGAGACUGGGGGCAACUUUGUGCUGCUAUGAUUGUAUUUAUUCUCUAACUUAUUUAUGCCCAAAAAUUGUAUUUAAAGCAGUCAGAAAAUUAAAGUCUUAAUAGAUUUUU